AUGAUUCAAUAUGUGCUAUUUCAUAGUUUUGAUGUAUUCACUAUUAUUCUACAAUGUAGAAAAUAGUCAAAGUAAAGAAAAACCCUUGAAUGAGUAGGUGUGUCCAAACUUUUGACUGGUACUGUACCUUAAACAAAAAUGGGCCUCAUGAUGGCAACAGGAUCUUGUCAGGGUAUUUUUCUGUGUUCAAAUUGCCAUCGAUUAAAAUGCAAUUGUGUUCGUUGUUCUUAGUUUAUGCCUGCCCAUACCAUAACCCCACUGCCAAAUGAUACAUGCUCACUAACAGGGACGUAAAACAACGUUGUGCACAAUAUGAGAGAAAUAAGCUUUUCGUGGAUAUGGAACAUUUCUGGGAUCUUUUAUUUCAGCUCAUGAAACAUGGGACCAACACUUUACAUGAUGUGUAAAAACGUUGUUCAGUGUAUGUAUGGUAGGCAAAGCAAAGACUUCAACAAUAUACAGAAGCUAAGAAAAAUGUCUGAUUCGUAUACAAAGAAAACAUAAAGGAAGUAUAUAGAUCUAUUUUGACCUCAGUGUUCAGUAAGGGUGUGUUGCACAAGUCACUUCGCUAUGUUAGAUAUGUCUUCUAACAAUGCUGAAGGUGUUGUAGUUCUGUGAGUGUGUUAAUGAUGGUCUGGGUCUAAACUGUUGAGGGACCAGAGCUGAUGCAUCACACUCAGUUCCACCACUCCAACCAGCUCAUACCAGACAGGCUGAUAAAAGUGUGUUUCAUUGUACUGUAUACCCUCACGGACAAUAAACUGAGCCUUUUGUUUCCCCUGGAGUAUCAUUCAGACAAUGUAAUAACAAAAACAUGAACAAUGGGGAAAGGGGGAUACAGAUUUUUCCCUUGUCUGUUCGGGGAUUCGAUAACCUUUCGGUUACUGGCCCAACGCUCUAAAUGAAGACUGCUUUCAUGUUAGGACACAGUGGAUUUGAUCAAAUACCUUUAUUUGAUAUCGAAAUGGAUUAUUAUGGCUUUUAUAAAAAUAUGUCUCGUAAAAUUAGGAUAUAGUAUGCCUAUUUGCCAUGAGUUGCCUACCUGUAUUUCCUACGCAGAGGAACGAUGAGCUGAUUCAGCAGCCAAUCUGAAAGCAGUUUUGUGUCCCAGUCAAAACGAAGACAUCCAAUCACAUUGAUGGAGAGGGCGGGACUUCGAUAGCUUUGUGCUUUUCCCAGGUGAGCUAGGUCAUUCAACACAACAUGGACACAGGUCUGUGUUUCUCAUGGUGUUAGGCGGGGGAGUGAGAUUCACCAUGGCCAGGAAUGGACCAGAGUGUGAGUCCAGGGAGGAGGAGGGUCUGCCAACAUGUCACAAACCACCCAUCUGCACUGGCUCCUUCAUCCAGCGCUGAGCCCCUGGAGGAGUGUGUACUGGGUAGGCGUGUGUGAAAGAGGACCCAGCUCCUGGCCAUGGCUCACUCGUCAGACCCCUCCCGCAGGGACGCAGCCCCCGGGACUCAGAGGUCAGGCACGGCUACGCAGCACCACCUCCUCCGGAAGCAGCAGCAGCGCCGGGGAAUCCGAUCUUCCUCCCCCAUGGGCCGGGUCAUCCUCAUCAACUCUCCUGUGGACGGUGGAGAUGACAGUGAGGACAUCCAUACGGUCACAGUGGAUAAGAGUGAGGACGGCAGGCUGGGCUUCAGCGUGCGUGGAGGCUCAGAGCACGGCCUCAGCGUCUUUGUCAGCAAGGUAGAGGACAACAGCUCCGCAGAGCAGGCAGGCCUGUGUGUGGGGGACAAGCUGGUGGAGGUGAAUGGGGUGAGCUUGGAGAGCAUCACUAUGAGCAGUGCAGUUAAAGUCCUGACAGGGAACAACAGACUGAGGAUGGUGGUGAGGCGUGUGGGCAAAGUACCCGGUAUCCGCUACUCCAAAGAGAAGACAACCUGGGUGGAUCUGAUCCACGGUAGGAUGGUGGUGGAGGAGAGUGGGCGUACACCCUCCGCCUCGGUGGCCAGCUCAGAUGGGGCCCUGCGGAGGAUCAUCCACAUCUACACCACCUCAGAUGACUACUGCCUGGGCUUCAACAUCCGAGGGGGCAAGGAGUUCGGCCUGGGCAUCUACGUCUCCAAAUUGGAUCCUGGCGGUCUGGGUGAACGGAACGGCAUCAAUAUGGGCGACCAGAUUCUUGCGGCCAACGGUGUAAGCUUUGAGGACAUCAGCCACAGCAGUGCCGUGGAGGUGCUGAAGAGCCACACACACAUCAUGCUGACCAUCAAGGAAGCGGGACGAUACCCUGCCUACAAGGAGAUGGUGGCAGAAUACAGAUGGCUUAACAAGUUGGCCAGUGGCAAUGGGACUCGGCAGUCUUCCUCCCAGGGCUCGGACUCCAACUCCUCUGCCUCAUCCUUGUCCUCUGGGACUCCCAUCUCCUCUCUGAGCGGACUGUCUCAGGUCAUGUUCCCCCCCAGCCUGCCCUUCGGCAUGGACAUGGUGGACGUCUGUAUCUCUACUGAGGACCAGACGUCUGGGUCUGGCCAGUGCACUGACACCGCCAUCCAGACCGACCCCUCGCCUCACAGGAUGGGUGCGGACACUAGCCACAGCCUGGGGGCCACCACCCUCCUGCAGGACUCGGCCAUCCGGGGAGAGGGAGGCAGGGGGAGAGGAGAGUCCCCCAAAACGGCCGUCCUAAUGGCCCUCAGUAGACCGAGUCAGCCCAUUCAUCGCUCCCAGAGCCAGGUCACUGUAGCAGGUGAAGCAGACGAAGCAGAGGAAACAGCAGAAAGGGGGGGAAGAAUCCUGAGAGGAGCACCCUACAGCGCUCCAAGACCUUUGUCAACCUGCUGUUCAGGGGUCGCAGGAGAGACACCUCCAAGGGGCGCUCAAAGUCCCCCCCCCAAAUCUGGGGCAGGCGGAGAUGGGGAGCGCAGGCGCAGACCCAGCGGGCCGGACCCAGAGAUGCUAGGGGUGGUGGAGGGCAUGGCCCGCAGGCUUCUGAGUGAGGACGAGGUGGCCUCCGUCAUGAAGACCUGCCGACGGUACAUAACAGAGCGUGUGGUGGAGAACCUGGUGCGCCACCUGCUGGCCGUGCUGGACCGGCCUGAGAAGCUGCUGCUGCUGAGAGAGAUCAGAAUGCUGCUGCCUCCAGCUGACCUAGGGCUUUUCAACAACAUGGUGGUCCCAUUCGAAGUGGAGGCCUAUGAUAUCUUGAAGUACCGUUCUGUCAGAUCCCCACUUCUGCGCUCCCCCCAGUCUGGACGAGCCCCCAGGCGACACCUCAUCACCCCCAUUCCAGACUUCCAGGGUGGUUUUGAGCUCCACAGUGCCCAGGAGGUGGAGAGGGAGAGCCAGCUGCUGGAGGAGCUAGAGCGGCUGCGUCUGUCUGCGUCCCAGAGUCCCCGGCAGCAGCACACCCAUACAUCCAGAGCAUUCCCCCCCCUGCUGGACGUCCCAGUGGAUGGCUACGCCUCCUCAGACUCCCUCCGUCCUCUCUCCGUUAGUCCUCUGCUCCCCAACUGGCUGCUGGCCCACAGCAAUACCACCAACCCCCGCUCCCCGCUACGAGGACACAGUGGUACGGUCCGCUCCGUCCACUUUGAUGUGUCAAUGGACCAGGGAGAUACCAUCUCAGAGCGGGGGAGGUCUCUCUUCAGGAAUGGGACUUCCAAGGGUAAAAAGGAGAAAGAAACUGUGUUCACUCUGCAGAGCGCUCCUCGACGCAGCAGGCCCCUGUUGUCCCAGGUGUUUGGCUCUGGCCUGGACGCUGACUUCACAGCAGAGGGUUUGGGAAGUGAGCGGGUGAACGGUCAUCCCAGCUCCUCUGAGAAUGGCCUCAAUGGCAGCGCUCCGGUCAUAGAGUACGAGUUCAAAACUGUCAGCAUCUCCAAGACUAAGCAGUCACUGGGGAUCAGUAUCUCUGGUGGGAUGGAGUCUAAGGUGCAGCCGGUGGUGAAGAUAGAGAAGAUCUUCCCAGGAGGAGCCGCCUCCACGUGUGAAGUCCUGAAGGCUGGAUUUGAGCUGGUGUCAGUGGAUGGAGUGUCCCUGCAGGGCGUGACUCACCCCCACGCUGUGGAGAUCAUCCGCAGGGCUUUCAGCAACAAGGCCAAAGACCCCAUGGUGUUUAUAGUCAAAGUCCCCAAAAGCCCUUGACCCAAGACUGGGUCUUUGACCUGGAGGCCCAAGACCUAAAGAGACUAGAAACAACAAACAGAACUACAGUGUGUUGGAAGAAGAGGAGAAGAUUGAGGACUGAAAAGUGACGAUCUGAAGGAAUUCUGUGGGUUAAUAGGAAACUCCUGUUUCCUCUAUGGUGAACAAGAAGGAGCUGGUCAAUCAAAUGAAGGGACUAAGAGACCUGCUGCCAUGGGAAUCAGCAGCUAGUGAUGUGUGUGCUGGCCUAAAGCACCAGUUCACACAAUCUUUCACUUUUCAUUAUUUGUUAUAAUGUAUUAAUUAUCACAUCAGACUUUCACAAAUUAUGUCAAAUAAAUAUACACAUAUUUCUUAGGACAAUACUUUACUUAAGUCAUUUAAACACACUGGCUAAUUUAUGCAAACUGUAAUCCGAGUGCCUUCCAGGACCCCUGUGAACUGAACGAAUGGUGUCUGUCCGAGCCAUAGAGAUAGAUAGACAAAGAUGAGUCCU